AUCGUUGUAUUGAAUAGAGAAACAAAAUCUAUUUCUUUCUUUUUCUUUUCUAUCUAUUUGCAGAUCCACUAACCCAUACACACACACGACUAACCCGCUUUCAAAGAGAAAAAAAACUAAAAGAAAACAUCUUUGGCUGUAUUGAUUUUGGAGGAGAAGGAGGAGGAUGAGGAUGGUCGGCGAUGGUUCUGAAUGUCGGUGAAUGUUCCGGUUAUGUGAAGGAGGAACGGAGGUGUGAAGAAGUGCGCCCUGCAUGAACACACAUACACACACUCACUCAAACUCACACUGAAUAACUACACUUGAAUACGGACGAGCACUCACGCACAUAAAGACACGAGCACAAACACCCAUGAUGCAGGGCGCAUGAUGUACCCCAUGGUGCAGCGGGACCAGCAACAACCUCAAGAACCUGAGCCAAGACAGUCGCAGUCGCAGCCUCGACAUCAGCAGGAGGCGGCGGCUUGUCUUCAGCAUCAGCAUCAGCAACAGCAGAAGAAUCAACAGCAGCAGCAGGACGACCCGGAGAGCCAGGAGGACCCAGAUGCUCCGAAGACGAGGGUCAAAAGACCUCUAUUCCGGAGGGUCUACAACUACGUGAGGGAGGCCUGGACCGGCGUCAAAUCCGCUUUAGAUUCCGAGCUCGAAGAUUUGGAGACUCCACCGAGGUACAGGCCCGACAGUUUGGAGUCUCUCUGCAGGGCGACGAGAUUCACUCAGGCGGAGAUCAAGAGGAUCUACAGGGGGUUCAAGGCCGAGUGUCCAACAGGUGUGGUCAAGGAGGAAACCUUCAAGAUGAUUUACGCUCAGUUCUUCCCACAAGGCG